AUGCGAAAGUUCACACCUAAGAACGUAGAGUUCCAGGCCAAGAUUCUGGCCCGCAGCGGCCUUGGGGACGAGACAUACCUGCCGCCCGGCCUGGCCGAGAAGCCCCCCGCCAUUUCCAUGAGCGACGCGCGCUGGGAGUUUGAGCAGGUGUGCUUUAGCUCGAUCAAGGAGGUGCUCGGCAAAGCCAACGUUCAGCCGCGGCAGAUUGGCAUUGUCAUUGUGAACUGCUCCCUUUUCAACCCUACCCCCAGCCUGAGCGCCAUGAUCAUGAACCACUUCAAGAUGGGCUCCAACACCAUCAACUACAACCUGGGAGGCAUGGGCUGCUCAGCCGGCGUCAUUGCGGUGGACCUGGCGCGUCAAAUGCUGCAGCUGCAGCCGGACACCUACGCACUCGUGGUGUCGACAGAGAACAUCACCCAGAACUGGUACUUUGGCAACGACCGUUCUAUGCUCAUCCCCAACUGCCUAUUCCGAGUCGGCGGCGCGGCAGUGCUCCUGUCCAACAAGCGCGCUGAGGGCUGGCGCGCCAAGUACGAGCUGCAGCACGUGGUGCGCACCAACCUGGCGGCCAACGACGCCGCGUACAACUGUGUGUACGAGGGCGAGGACGAGGACGGCACGAGGGGGGUGCGGCUGAGCAAGGAGCUGAUGGCCAUCGCGGGCAACGCGCUGAAGACCAACAUCACGACGCUGGGCCCUCUGGUGCUGCCCAUCAGCGAGCAGCUGCUGUUCGGCGCCAACCUGCUGAUGCGGAAGCUGCUGGGCAAGAAGCGCCUGCCCGGCUACGUGCCGGACUUCAAGCUGGCCUUUGAGCACCUCUGCAUUCACACAGGCGGCCGCGGCGUAAUUGAUGAGAUAGAGAAGCAGCUGGCGCUGCGCGGGGACAUGGUGGAGCCCAGCCGCGCCGUGCUGUACCGCUACGGCAACAUCAGCAGCAGCAGCAUCUGGUAUGUGCUGUCUUACAUUGAGUCGGUCGGCGCCGGCGUCCGCAAGGGCGACCGCGUGUGGCAGCUCGGCUUCGGCAGCGGCUUCAAGUGCAACAGCGCCGUGUGGCGCGCGAAGAGGCGCGUCCAGGAGGCGCACUACGCUUGGGAGGGCUUCGACAAUGAGAAGAUGCGGGCCGACCUCAACGACCUCCCACACUGA